AUGGAGGAGAUUCAACAGAUGCUCAGGUACUGGCUGGCCUGGAACGCCUCCAACUGGGUCUACCAGAACCAUGAUGAACGUGGCGAUGGUGCCGAGUGGGUCAUGGAUUGCGGUGAUGGCGUGGAGUACAGGGCGAAGGCCACGCUUCGAAGGGCUGCAGACGUCACAGCGCCACUUCAGUUCAGCGCCUUUGACGUUGAAGUCACUGGUGGCGCGCUGGCAGUUCUUUGGAAGAUCUAUGUGUUGGUGUUCCGUGGUUCGGUGACCCUUCAAGAUUGGGCUGCCAACUUGUCAGCGCCUAUCAAUUUUGAUUCCCCCCUUGCAGAUUUGCUUGUUGGGGUCCAUGCAGGUUGGCAUGCCUACUUGUCAGAUCGGUUGCUGCAGGAAGACUUGAGGGCCGCCAUUGCAGGCAUCGAGAGCGAUGAAAUCUUGUUGGCCGGUCACUCUCUUGGUGCUGCUCUUGCCCAAAUAGUUAUGCUCUUCCUUUGGCGUGAGCACCAGACAAAUGGAAGUCCACUUCACAAUCACGAGCACAUUGCCAACCACGCCCGUUGUAUUGGCUUUGGCGGCCCAGCACCUUUUGUGGAGAUGGAGAGCACGAACGCCCGUGCCAAACAACGGCGUAUGCGUGCGAGGAUUUGGAUGCAGGAGACAUGCCUAAACUUCAUCAACAACAAUGAUCCUGUUGCCAGGCUUCCCUUUGAUCCCAGUUUUGCUUUGAACCUUGCGAGCUUUGGGCUUUAUGAAUGGAUAUUGCCGGCAAAUUCUCUGACCUUGCAGCUGGAUCAGUAUGAGCACUUCUGCUCUCACAUCAUGUUGAAUCGUGAGCAGGCUGGCUUUGAGCCAUAUGAACCAGCGGCAGAAGUGCUGCUGGAGAGAGGACCCAUUGUUUGGAGCAAUGAACAUGAUUUGCGCAGGUACAAGGAACACAUGUUCCCCAAAUUGCUGAAAGACAUCAGCGCUGCUUCCAGGCCACUCCUUCAAGUUGUGAACUUUCGACCAACAGGGAACGCCCCAGAUCUGGCAGGAAGCAUGGAAGAGUUUCGCACAACUUUGUCGAACUUGCCAGAGGAUGUAAGAGAAGGGUGCUUGAAACCUUUCAAGACAGCUUUCCAUUCAGUACGCAUGGUUUGUAUCCAGCUGCGUGAUAUUGAGGCCGAAAUGAAUGCCUCAAGCAUAGAAGCAGAAGAAGCCCGUCGACUCCACAAAGAAGCGCAUGGCCACUUGAUCCAGGUCGAGACCUACAUCCAGUCAGCUCACAAUUCAAUCCUAGCAGAGAAAUGGGAAGACAUGCAGACAUCCUCCCGGGAGAUUCACAGCAUCAUCAUGGACUACAUGAUUCCCACCAUGAAGCGCUUGCACGUGGAGGUGCAAAAUUUGCAGAGGCGUUUUGGCCAGGAGGGCAAACUGGCCAAACUUGUCCAAGGUGCCCUUAAGUUCACUGAAGUACUGCAAAACUUUUCAAGUGUUAUGUGGACGGUGACCCUACAUGUGGGCGAGUUCGUGUCGCCCCUUGCCGCCAAGGGAAUGGAGUACAGGCACAUUGCUGGUCUUCUUGUACUUGUGGCUGUAGUUGUGGGGGGUCCAGCUGCUUGGCUGAGCGCGCUUGGUGGUAGUGGAGGGGCCACACUCACAGUAACAGCAGUAGGACAUGUUGCAGCUGGUGCUUCUAGUGUUUCUGCGGCAACGGCUGUUACUGCAGGGUCAGCUGUUGCUGCCAUGGUUGGGGAGGCAGCGCUUGGUGUUUCCGUUGUGUGUGCUGCUAUCAUUGGUUUGGCUGGAUCGCUAGUGAGUCUUUGGGUUGCAAAGAAGGUGUUGACUUUCACCCUUCAAUUCGCUCUGUGGAUGCGCCAGAAAUUUGCCGCUUGGAGUGACCCCAUUGUAGAGCUUUUACUUGCUCUUUCGGCCAUUUGUGCUCUAUGUGGAGAACAUGGGUUCGAAGUAUUCCUCAAAGCCCUCAGGAGACUCUACCCCAAAGUGGGUGAGUGGGCCAACCAUCUCACAAGCGAUCUUGAGAACCUCAUGGACCGCAUGAAUGCGAUUGCGCAGGUCUUGAAGGAUUCCAAGGCCGAAGAGAAAUACAAGAACAUUGAGAAUGAAUUGCAGCUCCUGGCUGCCAAUGCGUGGCUUCUUGCCACCACCGCAAGUGUGAUCAACCAGGGUGGUGACCCCGAAGUUGUUGAACAGAAGAAGCAGGAGGCCAGGCAAAUUGGCAAAGAAAUGCUUUCAAAAGCAGAUGAGCUUCGAGCUUGGAUGGGUGAGGGCACCUCCGGAAAGAACUUUGCGUCCACCAUUGUGAGGAUUCCCCAUCGCAGUCGCUGCCCCAAAUGGGAUGAAGCGAUGAAGCCCCGUGGGUCGCCGGGUCGUUUUGCUUGGCAGCACCUGGGCCUUUGGUGCAGAUGUGGCAGCACCAUUCCACAGGCGUCGAGCACCACGAAGCCCACGGCAGGACAACGGAAGCCAAUGACGAAAUCUCUGGAAGAAGCGCUAUACCUGGCUAAGCUGGCCGGCGUUUACACUGCUUCCGAGGUGCAAUACCAGAUCGUGAAAGGGCCGGAAUUUUCUAGGGACAACAGCCCCUUCAUGCUGGAAAACUUCCUUGAGGCAGAAGCCGAAGAACCAGAGAUCAGUAAGGAGGAAAUCCUUGAGGAUGCCUUCGAGCGACAUUUGCGAAAGGCGGAGGAGGAACUGAGAUCCGGGGUGUUCCAAUAUCCCAAAGUGUUUUAA